GUGCGCACUCUACUGGUGGAGUCUGGGACAACGGGACAGGACGAUGGAGAGACAGCUCGAGGACAUGUCACUGCACCGAGCUCCAGGAGGUGUCCCCGUGUCGCUCUGUGCUCAUGAAGCGUGUCUCUGAUGGAAGUAGAUGCGGCUCCUCUGAUUGGCUGACGUCGCUGUCGUCACCCGGAAGUUGACGGUGUGUUGUCAGUAGAAACCGGAUGUUGGCCGAGCUGCUGUAAUUUAAAAGAGGCCAUGGGUAACACUGAGAGCGUGGUGGUCCAGAAGCGGAUGGCCCGCUUCCGCCCCGAAGAGCGGCCUGUGGUUGAGGGGGUGUUCAACCGGCUGCAGGGGGGGGCUGGGGGCCCGUCAGGAGCCCCUGAGAAAACGCCAGCAGGGAAGACUCUCACACUUGAGAUGCUGCAGUCCUCAAUGGGCAGCCUGGCACCAGACUCCAUGAUAAGGAGGGUCUACCAGUGCAUGUGUGGCAUCGACCCAGGACUGGCAUCGCCUGCAGCCUCUGGGAAGACGAGCACCUCCGCUGCGUCUGGAGUCGGCCGUGAGCAGAUGGUUAUGUUCCUGGCAGACACCCUGCGGGGAACAGCGGAGGAACGGGCUCCUCUGGUCAUGGCCAUGUCCCGUCGUGGAGCGGAGGCAGCAGUCACAUGUGAGCAGGUCGCAGAGUUCCUGCAGGACCUAAUCUCUGCUGUAGUUCAGAUUCUGGUCCACAGGGGGCGCCUGCAGGGCUGGAAGCCGGAGAGAAUGGGUGACGUCUCCCUGGGGGUCGGACUCCUGGCAGAGCAGAUGUGUUCUGAACUCAAACCUGCAGAUGAAGGAGGUUGUGAUGUUUCCUGUCUGGAGGACUGGAUCUUCAGGGUCUCCCAGGUCUCCUUGUACCUGGAGAUGCUGGUAGCUGAAGGACUGAACGUGUCUCUGAGUGGACGGCCGGCCCCCACCCUCCUCCCCCCCUGCAGGGAGACACCCUGGAAAGAUCUCAAGUGUCUCCUGGACCUUCCCACCAUCAUGUUUCUGGCCCCACAGUUGCCAGACAGCUACAGCGCCCCCUGGAGACUUGUGUUUUCCACACAGCUGCAUGGGGAGAGCUUCACCAGGAUGGUGAGCGGCCUGACGAAGCACGGGCCGACUCUGCUGCUGGUCAAAGACUCGAAGGGCCACGCCUUCGGGGGCUUCGCCUCCCACACGUGGGACGUCAAACCUCAGUUCCAGGGUGACUCCAGAUGCUUCCUGUUCACUGUGUUCCCCAGACUGAGAGUUUACACAGCAACAGGAUACAACCAACACUUCAUGUAUCUCAACCAGAAUCAGCAGACCAUGCCCAACGGACUGGGUAUGGGGGGUCAGCAUGGCUACUUCGGCCUGUGGCUGGAGCGUGAUUUUGGCCGUGGUCAUAGCCGUGGCCGACCCAAGUGCACCACGUACGGCAGCCCGCAGCUCUCUGGAGAGGAGGACUUCACCCUGGACUCAGUGGAAGUGUGGGCAGUCGGAAAACCCCCAGAACCAGAGGAGGACGAGGAGGUGGACGGGAAGAAGAAGAAGAGCAUCCUGGAUGUCAACCCAGAGGUCCAGGCCAUGAUGGAGAUGUCGGGGAAGACUCUGCACAGUCAGGGCCUCAGGGAGCCGGAGGAGGACGACGAGCACUGAGGGCCAACGGGCCCCUGGUUCACCUGCUGUUCACACAUGAUGGGAUUUGAUCAUUUUACAGAACUGGAUCACAUCACAUCUGACUUAAAGACGUGCUGCAAGAUGGUGCUGCCUCCAGAAGACACUCUCACAAUGUAAACCAGGCUAAGCUAAGCUAAGCUAAGCUAAGCUAGGCGAAUAAGUGAUCUGCAAAGUCCGAUCUGACGACUGAAAGGCCUGAGUGUGCAGGCGCCAGACCGAUCAUCAGUGUGGACGUGUUCGAUUCCACCUGCACUGUCUGAUAGAAGAAAACUCUUUUUGAAUGAGUAUAAUAUCCGUCAGAAAAGUGGGAGGGGCCUCAGUCGACCAGAAAGCACAGAAUCCAGAUCAUCACCUGAAGAUUAAAGUGUGUGUGUGUGUGUGUGUGUGUGUGCGCGUUGAUAGCUAUAGAAUAAUAUAAACAAUUAAAAUAAAAAUAUAUAUAAAGAAUACAGAGAUAUGUAUUUACUGUAUCCUACAUGUGUCACUACUGAUAGAAUAUUAUGGGUAGAGAAAGUACAUGAACAAAGUGAUUAUAGUAUUAUUAUAAUUGCACAGAUUCAACAUAUUUCUGAUGUAUACUGUAGUUGUGCAUAUGUAUAAGUAAAUAAAAUAUAUAUAUACAUACAUAUGUAUAUGUACACACACAGACAUACAUAUAUAGUGGAAGUAAUGGUGAGUAGUUGUGGUGUUGUGAUAUGAAACUAAUAGGCUAAUAUGUGUGUGUGUGUGUGUGUCAACUUGUGUAGUUGUUUUAAUUAAAGUCUGGAGCUUCUUCCACUUCAUCCGUGAA